AUGUUGUACUCAAGCUUACUUAAGGAUUAUAAUCAUUUAACUCGUCCAGUUGAAAAAGGAAAUUUAUCUGUUGUUGUUAAUGUUGGUCUUUUAAUGCAUCAAAUAAUUGAUGUUGAUGAAAAAAAUCAACAAAUUGAGCUACAUGGUCAAUUAAAUAUUACAUGGAUUGAUAAAAGAUUAUCAUGGAAUUAUAAUCAGUAUGACGGUAUAAGAAAAUUAAGAUUUCCUAAAAAUGUUCUUUGGACUCCUGAUUUACUACUAUAUAAUAGUGUUUCAGAAGAAUUUGAUACAUCAUUUCCUGUUAAUAUUUUAGUAAAUUAUGAUGGAACUAUAAUAUGGCAACCACCAGCUAUAUUAAAAUUUAGUUGUUCAAUGAAUAUUGUCUUUUUUCCAUUUGAUAAACAGCAUUGUACAAUGAAAUUUGGUUCAUGGACAUAUGAUGGAAGUAAAGUGGAAUUGCAAACUCAUCCUGAAAUAUUUGAUACAACAAUGUUGAUUGAAAAUGCAGAGUGGUCUUUAAUUGAAAAGCAUGCUAUUCAAAAUAUUCAGUAUUAUAAAUGCUGCCCAGAACCAUAUUAUGAUGUUGUAUUUAAAUUUACACUUCAACGGAAAACGCUAUAUUACGGAAUCAAUCUUAUUAUACCAUGCCUAGUUAUUACAUUAAUGACAUUAAUUGGCUUUAUAUUCCCUUCAGAAGCUGGUGAAAAAACAAGCUUACAAAUAUCUAUUAUGUUGUCCAUUUGUAUUUUUCAAAAUUAUGUAUCUGAUAUGUCACCACCUUCUUCAGAUUCAGUUCCAUUUUUAGGUAUGUUUUUUAUAUAUUGUCUUUUAUAUCUUGCUGGGUCAAUUGUCGCAACUACAAUAACAUUAGCUGUUCACAAUCGUUCACCAAAAAGUCAUUUUCUUUCAUAUAUGAUGAUUAAAAUAUUAUCCAAAUGGCUGCCAUAUUUUUGUAUGUUAAAACGACCACCUACUCGUUUAUGUAACAUAAAUGAAAAUAAAAAUGAAUAUAUAAAUGAAGAAAGAAAAAAAAUUGAAUAUUUACAAAUUUUAGAUGUCAUUAAUGAAUGUUCUAAAGAUAAUUGUAUUAAUGAAGAUGAUUUAGUUCAAUUGUUAUUAUUAGAAGAAAUAUUAAAUAAUAUAAAUGAAUAUAAAAAAGUAUUUGAAAAAAAUCAUGAUGAUUAUAUUGUUGAAAAAGACUAUGAAUUUAUGGCUAUUGUAAGUGAUCGUGCUUGUUUACUGAUUUCUUCAUUGUUUAUUGUAAUUUCAACCGUAACUUUUUUUAUUUCUGUAAUAAUGCAGCAAAAAUUUAUUUUUUUAACGUUUGCUUUAUCUUUAAUUUUUAUUACUUUGCUCAUUCCGUCACAUGUUACUACUGGAAAUGUUGUUUCAUUUGACGUUCAUCCAGUUUGUGGUGUUCAUCCUAUGCAGGCAAUUAUAGAUAAACUUAAGGAAGAAGAUUCUGAUUUAGACCAUGAAACAAUUGUUCUUUUAUUAAAAAAAAUAAAAGUUCAUUCACCAAAAGCAUGGAAAAAUUAUCAGAAUACUGUUAAUGCUUACAGAAAUUGCAAACUUAUGGCAACCGGUGGAACAUUAGGAUAA